UUUCGUUCAGUAGUGUCAAGCCGCAACUACUGCAGUUAUGUCAGCACAAGAAAGAAAGAGGUCAACUGUGUGCCAGAGAAAAGCUGCUCUUUGUCAUUUAGUAGACAGAUAGGAACUGUCCAUUUACAAAAACUUGUCAACAAGAUAUGUUACACAUCCUGGGCCAGUUCAUUUACAGUUAUAAGUUUUACAGACUUGUAUGCGUCUGCCAGACUGAUUACAUUUCCAGCAAUACUGAAGUUAUUCUGUCGUAGCCAGGAUGUUUGGACUGCAAGUUCAGUGGUUAAAAGAGUGGCAUUACCUAAUACCCCCUUGCUUGGUAACUGUUUAAUACCCUACCAGGCACUUCAUAGAGGAAAAUUUCAGAAGUAUUCACAAAAUAGAUCUGCUGAUUCAGCUAUCACUAGUUGUUGCUGCUAUAGUACCCAGGCAGUUAGUUCUGAACCAAAAAAUACAAAGGCAGUUGGUUCUGAAUCACAAAACGAAGAAAGUAAAGAAAAGAUGAAUCAAAUGACGAGGCACGUGUCAAACUUGGUGUACAAAUUGUUUAGUGGUCAGUACAACUAUAGGGCUCUACAUAAGAAUGUGGUUUUAGAAAACUGUCUCUUUGGAAAAAAGAAAAAAUCAGUAGGGGUGUUAUCAUACGCUAUUGUGCUGCUUAAACUCCGACUGCGUAUUCAUAGUCAGUUUACUGGAACCUCAGUGGAAAUUGAGAAUGUCAGAUUUUUGGAGGAUGGAGUCAUUCGAAUACGGUGGCGUUUGAAAGCUGUCUCGCAGACUAGUCUUCUGAAAGCACUGAAGCUUAUUGCUAUAAAUGCUGACUCCAUAGAAGCUUGUUCAUAUUUCCAUGUUGAUGAAUCUGGCAUUGUAAAGAAGCAUAGGAUAGAAAAGGUGAUGCCAUCUUCUAAAGAAAAAGCUGCUUUGUAG